UUGAAAAGGUGUCUGUAUCUUUCCUCAAUCGCGUGUCACGUGUCAUUGAGCUCUCUCAUCACAUUGUCCGUAGCCGCCCUGAAAAAAAAUCCGUCUACUACUACUACUACUUUUUCUUACAACGAGACUUUGAUUCUUUUAGACCGAAACUUAAGAUUUCUCUCGGUCUCAAUCUUUGCGCUACUAGUACCAUAUCUACGCUUUGUGUUUGACCCAUUCGACCAGAUCUCAUCGCUGAUCAUCCGCUCUAAAUUCAUUUUUUUUUUUCCAGCAAGAUAUGAGUUCUGAUUCAACAAAACCAGAGGAUUAUCUAAACAAGAUAAAUGAAGUGAGGACAUUACUAGGGGCAUUGCCUGAGAAGUCAUCUGAGUUUUGUUCAGAUGCUGCCAUUACUCGGUAUUUAGCCGCUCGUAAUGGCCAUGUCAAGAAAGCAACUAAAAUGCUUAAAGAAACCUUGAAAUGGAGGACUCAGUACAAACCUGAGGAGAUUCGAUGGGAGGAGAUUGCAAGAGAAGCUGAGACCGGGAAAAUAUACCGAGCUAAUUAUACUGACAAGUAUGGAAGAACAGUUCUGGUUAUGAAACCAAGUUCACAGAAUACAAAAUCUUAUAAAGGGCAGAUUAGAUUCUUGGUCUACUGUAUGGAAAAUGCAAUCUUGAAUCUAUCGGAUAACCAAGAACAAAUGGUUUGGUUAAUCGAUUUUCACGGUUUCAACAUGUCGCAUAUAUCUUUGAAAGUGUCUAGAGAAACCGCUCAUGUGUUACAAGAACAUUACCCUGAACGUUUAGGCAUGGCCAUACUAUACAACCCGCCUAAGAUUUUCGAACCUUUCUAUAAGAUGGUGAAACCGUUUCUAGAGCCAAAGACAUGCAACAAGGUGAAGUUUGUCUACUCAGAUGAUAACCUCAGCAAAAAGCUUCUAGAAGAUCUCUUCGAUAUGGAGCAACUUGAGGUUGCAUUUGGUGGCAAAAACAGUGAUGCAAGUUUCAGUUUUGAGAAAUAUGCGGAGAAAAUGAGAGGAGAUGAUUUGAAGUUCUUUGGCAACACCACUGUGGUGUCAUCAGCCUCAGCUCAUUUGAGCAACUCAGAUUCUGAAGCUUCAGACUUUGAGAAUACGAAUUUGGAAGACAAAGAAGAUGAGAAGAUCAAGAAUGGAACUUUGCAAUCUCCUUUGGAUACAACAAGAACCUCUAAACCUGAAGCCUGAAAACAUAAGAAGCUAAUACUUAACUCAUCAAUUACUAAGUUGGAGAAUAUCGUCGAGAUCAAAACCAUAUAUUUUUGUUCACCAUAAAAACAUUUAGGCUACAUGGAGCUAAUUAGUUACCUAUGAAAGUCAACAUAAGCAUGUAAUGGAGAUAUGCGAAAACAUCAAAUGAAUAAAUGAAUGGAUGAGCUAUAUGUAACAACA